UUGGUUUUAAGACAUGGCAUUCGUCAGUAAUGGACCAUGAACGCAUCUCUAGUUGGACCUGCAGUUGCUAUAACAACGAAGCAUAGCUAACGUUUGGCAAAACCGGCAGUCUACCGUAUCGAGCCAUAUAGAACAAAAUUAACGUCUUCAAAUGGAGGACCGGUAUGCUUUUCUCACAGAGUGGUAUGAUCCCACUGCAGCCCUGCUGCGGCGCUACCAACUGUUCUUCUACCAUAAAGACAACUCUGUAGAAAUGUUUGACCUAAAGUACCAAAGGAUGUUUUUGAGAAAGACGAAAUAUGACGACCUCCAUCUGGAGGACCUGUUUUUGGGGAAUCGGGUGACCGUGUUCUCACGGCAGCUGAAACUGAUAGAUUACGGAGAUCAGUUCACAGCAAACAAACUCGGCAGCAGAAUAGAAAAAACGUUUGGUCUGGUGAAGCCAGAUGUGCUUAACAAGAUAGGCGAUAUCUUUGAGCUGAUUUACUCCGCCCACCUGAUUGUGACCAAAGCAAAAAUGACCCAGCUUACAUGGAGCCAAGCGGCAGACUUUUAUGUGGAACAUCAGUCAAAGCCUUUCUUCAACAACUUGAUCAAGUUUAUGAUUUCGGGCCCUGUGAUCGCCAUGGAGGUGACAGGUGACGAGGCCAUGUGCAUCUGGAGGACACUCCUGGGACCAGCGGACUCCGCUGCGGCACGACAGGAGGCGCCGCAGAGCAUCCGCGCCAAGUUCGGUACCGACGCCAUCCAAAACGUUUGCCACGGCUCUGAGUCACUCGCCGCCGCCGCAAGAGAGCUCGAAUUCUUUUUCCCUUCCACGGUAGGCCACAGUCCUGCCAACACAGCGGUCUGCGAAGACAGCACGUGUUGCAUCAUCAAGCCUCACGCCAUAACAGAAGGUCUGACUGGGAAGAUCCUGAACUCCAUACAUGAAGCUCGUUUUAAAAUCUCUGCUCUUGAAAUGUUUAACAUGGACCGGGCGAACGCAGAGGAAUUCUACGAGAUCUACAAAGGCGUCGUCACGGAAUAUCCUGGUAUGGUGACCGAGUUGUGCUCUGGACCCUGCAUUGUGUUAGAGAUCCAAGGUGCAGAUAUACCAAAGUCUUUCAGAGAAUUAUGCGGACCUUCCGACCCUGAAAUCGCGCGGCACCUCCGUCCCAACACGCUGCGCGGCCUUUAUGGCAAAGACAAAGUGAGGAACGCAGUGCACUGCACAGACCUCCCAGAGGACGGUGUUCUGGAGGUGCAAUAUUUCUUCAGGAUUUUGGACGAAUGAAAGCAAAGGAGGAAAGACGCUUCAUUCACCACAAAGACUUCUCUGUUGUCUCAAUUUUCCGUUUAUUGUUUCAGCCUUAUGCAGAUUAAAUAAAGUGACAAGAUCAGACUCCUGAUGUGUUUUUGAUCUCAAACAUUGAA